AAAGAACAAGAGUAAAGUAGUAAACAAACCAACGUGCACACUGCACAGUGCUAAUCGACGGAUCGUUUUGCCUUUGAUUGUGAUUCAAUUUUUCAUAAAACCGGCUAGCAAUGAGUACCGAUAAUCUUGAUAACAUCAACGGAACGUACUUCGACAGCUAUGAAGAUCUGGAGAUACACCAGCUUAUGUUGGCGGACAAACCACGUCAAGAUGCUUACCAGUCAGCCAUUCUCGGUAGCAGAGAUCUCUUCAAGGACAAAACCGUGCUGGACGUCGGAACCGGAACGGGAAUUUUAUCCAUCUUUUGCGCCCAAGCCGGCGUCAAGAAAGUCUACGCCAUUGAAGCGUCUAACCUGGCCCGCUUAGCACGGGAAGUUGUCCGAGAAAAUGGCUUUGAGCAGGUGAUUGAGGUUUUUGAAUGCAAGGUCGAAGACUUUCAGUUGCCAUCGGGAGCCGACAAAGUGGAUAUCAUCGUGUCCGAGUGGAUGGGAUUCUUUUUGCUGCAUGAAGGAAUGCUGGACUCUGUCAUCUACGCUAGGGAUAAGUUUCUCAAACCAAACGGAUUGAUGUUCCCAGAUACUGCAUCGAUCCUGGUGGCGCCCUGUAGCGUUCCAAAUCGAUUUGAUGAUUUCGAUUGCUUGUCCGGGGUUAGCAUGAAAGCCUUUGGUCGUGAACUGCGAAAACAAAAAGCAGACAAACCGGAGAUUCUGAACGUAGCCGCGGAACAUUUGCUGCACGAGGGACACAUAAUGACGUGGUUGGACUUAAAGGAAGUCAGCACUGAGGACUUGAACUCUUUUGAUAUGAAAGAAGUGAUGGUCAUCCAGAACCCUGGCAAAUUUCAAGGAGUUUGUAUUUGGUUUGACUGCACGUUUCCGAGUGUGGACUCCAGUCCGCAGAAUGGAGUCGUUUUGUCUACGAACCCCAAAUGUCCCGCCACGCACUGGAAGCAGAGUGUGAUUUUACUUCCGGAAGAUGCAUGCGAAGAGGUGGACAAAUUGGAUCCCAUUGCAUUUAGUUUGAGCCUGACCAGAAACUCUGAUAACUGCCGAAGAUACAACUUGCAACUGACGCUGUUGGACGUGGAAAAGGAAGAACAUGGCUUACCUUGCGACUGCGUGAUGACCAAGUGCAUUCUCAUGAAGGCGCAUUUGCAAAAAAUGGAAGUCGAAUAAUAAAGCGUUUCAGUUUAUCUUUUUUAGGAAGAUUGA